ACACAGGGAUGGAGAGACAUUCAGAAGCGAGAGCCUGCUACAGCACCGCUGAACCCAGCAUAUAGGAAAGAGGGAGGGGCCAGAGGGGGCGGAGGGAGCAGCUUGGCCAGGGUGCAGCACUGAUUGCGGCUCCCGCUGGUCAGUCUCAUCCCGGAGCUUGUCCUGAGGCUGGGAAGAGAAGCCUGUUUGAGAGAACCUGUGCCUUUGCGGCCAGACCUCUGGAAAAGGAAUGGAAUAAGUGGGAGGUGGAGAUAAAGGAAAGAGAGAAAGAGACAGAGGGAGGGAGGGAGGGAGGAAGAAGGUGAAGGACGAUUCCAGAGGAAAGCAAAAGGGAACAACGGCUGCACUUCCACUGAUGUUGGAACGGGAACGAGCCUAGUGCAGGCAUAAAUGAAGAGUGGUUUUCACAUGAAAUAAAAAAGCGCUUGAAUAUAGAAGAACAUUGCAAGCAUCAUUUUAAACCUAAAAAUAUCAGGGAAAAAAGUAUGAAAGAGCAAUCUUAUUGAUCUUCAAAAUUGGAAACUACCAUAUCCACUAGAAGAUACAGAAUGGCCCUGCCUCAAACCUUUACCACUAGCUUUCUUGAAGAAUGGUGCUUGGAUAAAUCACUAUCUGGCUGCAGGAAGCACCAGAAUGUCUGGAAAAAACUGAGACAAAUACGCAUUGUAGGGCUCUUCAUGGGCAUAAUGGCCAUUUGCACGUUCUCACUUUCAACUAGUGCCUUUUUCAAGAUAGAGACACACAGCACAGAUCGGGCCAACAGUUUAGGUCAUUCGGAAUUAAUGUCUGGAUACCAUCAAAGAACUCUGUUAGACUUAAAGGAGAAGGUUCAGGAUGGUACUCCAGAGCCGUAUUCUACACAAUAUGAAAAUGCAACUGAACCUCCUCAAGGAGAUUAUCCAAGAGACCUCUUUUCCCUUCAAGAGCGAAGAAGAGGUGCAAUAAUUCUUCAUGUCCUCGGAAUGAUCUACAUGUUCAUUGCCUUAGCCAUAGUCUGUGACGAAUUCUUCGUUCCUUCUCUGACAGUCAUCACUGAAAAGUUGGGUAUUUCUGAUGACGUAGCUGGGGCAACUUUCAUGGCUGCUGGGGGCUCAGCUCCAGAACUUUUCACAUCUCUGAUAGGAGUCUUCAUAGCUCAUAGCAACGUUGGCAUUGGUACAAUUGUAGGCUCAGCAGUAUUCAAUAUCCUAUUCGUUAUUGGGAUGUGUGCGUUGUUUUCAAGAGAGAUCCUAAACCUUACCUGGUGGCCACUCUUUAGGGAUGUCUCAUUUUAUAUUAUUGACUUGAUCAUGCUUAUAAUUUUUUUUCUGGAUAAUCUCAUCACAUGGUGGGAGAGCUUGUUGCUGUUAACAGCUUAUAUUCUCUAUGUGACUUUCAUGAAAUUCAACGUUCAGGUGGAAGCAUGGGUGAAGCAAAUGCUAAACAGAAACAAAGUUGUGAAAGUAACUGCAGCCACAGCAGCAGCAGCAGCAGAGAAUGAUGCAAAGUUAUCUACUACUGCCAAGGACAAGGACGAACAACCUCUAACGACUAAACCACGGCUCCAGCGAGGUGGUAGCUCUGCUUCUUUGCAUAAUAGUCUGAUGAGGAACAGCAUCUUCCAGCUUAUGAUUCAUACUCUUGACCCACUUGCUGAAGAGCUUGGAUCAUAUGGAAAACUAAAAUAUUAUGACACAAUGACUGAGGAAGGACGCUUCAGAGAAAAGGCUUCAAUACUUCACAAGAUUGCCAAGAAGAAAUGUCAGGUGGAUGAUAAUGAAAGACAUAAUGGGACUGCCAACCAUAUGGAAAAAAUAGAGCUCCCAAACAGUACAAGUGUUGAAGUGGAAGUAACACCACCCAAUGAAGGUUCAGGACCUGUGCAAAAUGGAAAUCUCUCCCAUGGCAUUGAAUCAACAGAAAUACAGGCUUCAGAUACAGGUGAAGAUGAGGACGACCAGCCACUCAGCUUGUCCUGGCCAACUAAUACCCGCAAACAGAUUACCUUCCUGAUCGUUCUUCCCAUCGUGUUUCCACUAUGGAUAACCCUCCCUGAUGUCCGAAAACCUGCCUCAAGGAAGUUUUUUCCUAUCACAUUCUUUGGAGCCAUCACCUGGAUAGCCGUUUUCUCUUACUUGAUGGUCUGGUGGGCACAUCAGGUUGGAGAAACAAUUGGUAUUAGUGAAGAAAUCAUGGGCCUCACCAUCUUGGCUGCUGGGACUUCUAUCCCUGACCUCAUUACCAGUGUCAUAGUGGCUCGGAAAGGACUUGGGGAUAUGGCAGUGUCCAGCUCUGUUGGGAGCAAUAUCUUUGACAUUACAGUGGGACUCCCACUGCCCUGGCUCUUGUAUACUACAAUUCACAAAUUCAAACCAGUGACCGUCAGCAGCAAUGGUCUCUUCUGUGCAAUUGUUCUUCUCUUCAUCAUGCUACUUUUCGUCAUUAUCUCCAUCGCCCUCUGCAAAUGGAAGAUGAACAAAAUCCUGGGAUUCAUUAUGUUUGGCCUGUACUUUGGAUUCCUGGUAGUCAGUGUCCUCCUGGAGGACAGAAUUAUCAUGUGUCCCAUAUCCAUAUAGCUGGAAAAGCCAUUUCUUAAAUAAAUAAUUAAGACAGCAAUGGAUGGUCCCCAAACCCUAUCCUCUCUCAGCCCGGGUCCUCUAAACCCUCUGAAGAAGAAGCAGAUAGCACAUAGCGCUAUAUUUUUGUAAAGCUUAUCUCCUUGACUUAAGGAGGGAUGGAUUCCAAGUUCACUUCAUGUGCUGCUGCCUCUAUCACUGAUUGUCACAGCCACACAGAAGAAACAAGGGCAGUCAUUUUGUGGCUUUUCUCUACUCGCCACUGACAGGCCGUACUCCUCGCUGGUCGGAGGUACAUAAUGCUAUAACAACAUGAGCUAUAAUGUCAGCUAUAUGUAUACAUAUAUACAUAUAUAUAUAUAUACAUAUACAAACCACCUGUUUCUAUGUAUUACAACUCUCUUUCCAUACAUAUAUUAACAUAUGCUUAAUACACACAUGAAGAAAGAAGAAAUAUAUAUACGUAUAAAUAUGUAUCACUUCAGGGAUAGCUCUAGUAUUUGUUUAGUACCUAUUUGAGGAGGGGUACCAACUUUCAGUCUGGACUUGUUGGAAAGUGUCAUCUAGUAAAAUUAGGAUUGGACAAGGGAAGGAUUGCCUUGAGCAACAUUCUUCCCUGGAACCAACAUCUAAGUUAGGCUCUUGAAAUGGAAAAGAUUUUAGAAAUUGUUAGAAUCACUUAGUGGAGAGGAGCAAUAUUGUAUUUCAUAAAAACUGUACCACCCUAUAGUUGCCCCUAAAUGCUCCUACAAAUUGGACUGAGAAGCCAGAAUAGCCAGUCUGCAUGUGUAGUGACAGUUUGGAACCCACAGGGUUCCUCGAGCCACUUAGCUAUAAAAACCAAACUGACAUUUUGGAGAGGGGAAUGAAAAUGAAGGUUCUCCUCCUAUCACUCCAGCAUGCAAGUAGAUUAUAUGACUGCUAAAUCAAUUAGCUUUAUUCCUAAAACAGCAAGACUAUAUAAACUAUACCCCUGUCAUUCUGAUGCUCUUGCCAUCAUUAUCAUGAAAAGAAAAAGAAAGGUAUUUGAGCUGUAAUUGUUACCUAUAUCACUUUUCCAGUAUCAUCAGAUCUUUACCUAGUUUGAAAAAAAAAUUAACUUUUAUGGAAUGAAUUACUGUCCUGAGGGAAGAUCUCUUUGGGCAUAUAGUUCUUUUAAAAACUCUUUCAGGGUGAUAACAGAUGACCUUAGUGCCAGAAAAGUCAUUAGCCCUACUAGAGAGAUGUAGUUCAGAAGGAAAAUGCAAGUUAGGGAGAUGUUUAAGGAAAUAGUGUUGAAGCUAAGCAUUCUACAGUGAGGUUUCUUUCUGACCUCUGAGUUACUAUGUUCUGGGCCAAAUGUAGGGCUUGUUUCAGAUCAGUAUUUGGUUAAAGGUCAUGCAUGUCACUGUUUGUACAUUUUCUACCAUCUUCAGAUAUACUGCUGGCAUGUACCCUGCUUGUAGGGGAGAUAGAUUGCUAAGGGCUACACAUGACAAUUUUUCCAUGCUGUUUUCAGAGCUGAUUGCAGAAAGGCUCUUGAUACAUGAAUUUUCUCAAUGUCACAUAGGCAAUCCAUCAUUUUUCAUUCAGUAUCUCCAUCUCUAAUUUAUUUUUUGUGUGAUUCUGCAUCUCUAUAUAAGAGCAGAGAGGAAAACUGACCCUAUCCCCCUUACUAACCCCCCCCUACAAAAAGACAAUUGGCAAACAAGAAAAGCAAAUGUUUCAUUUCUUCAGAAUUGUAAUUGCAACAAAUAAAAAAAAAAACAAAUAAAAAAAUCUGAAUUCAGGAUGCCCCAAUUCUUUAUUCAUCCCACUGGACCUCUCUGUUGAUAUAUAUCAUGCUGUAUGUGUCAUACCACACAAUUGGGGGAUUGGAUAUCCAUUGGUCUUCAUUAUGUCAUGUCACAGGGAUCAUCAGUUAUUUUAUUAUAGUCAGGUAUGGAAAUGCAUGCACAUGAUCACAAAGGGAGACAGUAUACAAGACCUAUUGAAAAGAAAGAAGAGAGGAGGUCACCAAUCCCAAAUCAAUCAGUUCUCCAUAGCAACUGUAGAGUAUCCAGCCCUUCAUUGACACAUGGCUCCUGAUAAAACUAUUAUACACACACACACACACAUCACACUCCUAAAUGGAGAUUACUAUUACAAAGGAACAAAAUAAGACAAGUAAACAGGGCCCUCCAUCCACAUUUGCUUUCAAAUGUUGUCUCCCAUUCUACCAUCCUACCAUUCUCACCUUCCUUUAUCCACAUGCCUUUACAAGGUGUGUGUGUGAUAGUAAAACGUACCCUAUGGUUUUAAAAAACUGGGACUCCAAUUACACCAUGGAAUUUAUACUUUCAAGGCUACAGACCAGGGUCAUAAUUCCCCAUAAAUAGUUUUUACCUAAUGAGAGUUAGCAAGCUGAAGUAAAUAGAGAACUAGCAUCAGAGUCAGUAAAACCUAGAUUCAAUUCCUUCUUGGAAUAUAUGCUAGUUUUAUGACCAUGAGAAAAAUCACAUAAUCUCUGAACAUCCCUUGGCAAUUCUCCAUGAUAGUGAAUUGUAAAACCGUUACUAACCUCCACUGGUCACAUACUGGAAUACCAGCCUUACAUCAAUGAGGCAGCCAGAUGACCUAGUGGAAAGAGAACUGAGGAAAACUGAAGUUUGAAUCUACUCUCAGAUGCUUUGUAGUUAAGUGAGCCAGACAAAUUUCUCUCUUAGCUUUCCUUGGCUUCAUCUUCCUCAUCUGUAUAAUUAGGGAAUUCAACUCUAUAACCCUUAAGAUUCUUUCUAGCUCUAAAUCUAUGAUCCUACAAAAUCACAAGUCUGUACUAAAAAAGACACAUACACACACACAGGUACGUGUGUGUGUGUAUGUUAGAUAUAUAUAUAUAUAUAUGUACAUAUAUAUGUAUAUAUUCCCAAAAUAAAUCUUUUACAGCUAAAUAGGAAAAGAAGAUUAUCUAGACAUAUGAUUUAAUCAAUAGAACUUUCCAUGGGGAAACAUUCUCUAUUAAUAUACAUCAACAUCUUAUUUGUAAUUUAGAGUUUUGAAGACUAAUCUAAGCUACUUCCCUAUGGUUACAAAACUAGUAUAUGUUCCAGAAAAGUCUUGAACUCAUAAUAUCCUCACCCCUUCCUGACUAUCAACUUUGCCUUUGUCCGAUAUAUCCACAUAUUUGGGGGUUCCUAUAUAAAUGUGCACUCUAUCUGUGUGCAUACAACUAUAUACAAACAUUCUCUUCUUGUUUUUUCACCCCAUUCUGUUAGGCUUCAUUGAUGGGAUUUGAUUGCCUCUGCCCACACAGUUCAGGAAGUAUUAAAUGCAAUAGUGAGUUAUCUGUUUUCACCUAUCAUUAUAACCAAUCCCUCACAAUUGAUUUUUUUAUUGGACCUAUUGAGGAAAUUGCUAUUUAGAUAAUUGAUUAAUUGGGUUUUUUCCCAUGAAAACCCUGAUGUAUUUAUUUGCUUUACACCCCAUCCUCUUAAGUGUUGGACACAAUUGGAUAAGGAAAGCACUCAUGCAAAUGGAGUCUGCAAUAAGAAAUGUAAUAAGGUGACAACUAGAUAUUUAGAGAGAAAAAUGAGAGCCAUGAAUCUAUCCCCCUUGAUCCACCCAUCAGUAGAAGCAUCUGUCUGCCUAUGAAUCUCUGUCCUGAGCCUGCAUAGACAUUGUAAAAUACAACUAAGCUACAAAAUACUCUCUACACAUUCAAAUUUUCAUUUCACUGCCACCAAUGGCAUUGUAACUGUACAGAACAGGACCAGUAAUCAUCAAAAAAUUUCAGAAAAAUAAGUAGGCAUGCUAAUAUUUUUACAGACAAGCAUGUGUAUUUAUACCAUCUCCAUCAAGUUCUGUGUUCAUUAUUGAAUUUAAUGACAUUACAUAUCAUAAGGAGCAUAGCUAUACAAUGACUAGCCUCAAUUCCAUAAAGAUCCAGUUUUAGCUAUUUCUUAUUUCAAGAUGAAUUUAUUUAAUAGCCACUCCAUUGGAGUUCUAGGGGAGGGGUAUGAUAGAUGUUGCUACUUUAAAGACAAAAAGUUUUUGUUAUAGCAAUUGAGUAGAGAACUAUUUUCAUAGAGAACAAUACUGAGCCAUCAGGUGUAUGUCUUGAUAUCUGGACUACUCUUGUCAAAGCAUGAAGUAGAAAAUGGAUUAGACUAAUGGAUAGAUUGAUUAGACUGAACAGAUUUAGAUACAAAGAAAUUGCCACAACUGUUGUAAGUCUACAUAAAUAGUUAGAAUUUUAAUUUAAUUUCUGUGGUCUAAGUCUAUUUCUGGCCUGUGGGCACCUAAAAUAAUUGAAGGUCCAGCUCUUCUCAUGACUACACCAAAGAGAGCUUUGACAUAUGCAUGAGAUCCUAUUUUUCAGAAAUCACAAAGGAAAUGAUGAAUUGUUGAAUAAAAUAUAUUCACUGAAUAUUGGGAGCAGUUGGUAUUUCAUUUAGUCUGCAUGCCCUGUGUGCAUGAAUUUCUCCUGCAAAUGCCCAGGAGGGCCAACCAUGCAUGGAACAGGAGAAAUCACCUGCUCAAGGUUUGGCAUCUCAUUCUUGCUAUGUGUGCACUAUUUUGAUAUGACCUGUUGUUUUCAUAGGCUCAACUCAAAGAUCAAAUUAUAGUAACCUCAGAGGUCAUCUAGUUUAUCACUAUAAUUUCAGGGCAAGAUCACACCAAAAUCAAGCCAAACCAAGCCAGACAUAUGCUUUUUCAAAAAAGAUUCCCAACAAGAAGAUUCUACAGCCUCUCUCAAAUUCUGAGGCCAGAAAAAUUACUCUUAAAUCUAAGCCAAAUCCUUCAUGCCCCAGUACAAGUCUGUUUGUCCAUAUUUUGCCCUAAGAAUGAUGAAGAAUAGUGAGACAAUUUCUCCCUUCCUCCUUGUUUAAUCAUCCUACUUUCUUUAGUUUUUAUUCCUGAUUCUAGAGCUAGGAUAAAAAAAGCAUGUAUCCUUUACAAGGCUUGAAAAUUAUACACCAUCACUAUUCCCACUAUAUGAGCUUUCUCUAUCAAGCAUUCAAUUUGACUUAACAUAAAAUAAAAUAGCAAUAAGCAUUAGAGAGUAGAAUAGUGGAAAAGGAAAUUGAAAUAUAUGUUUUAGUUCAAAUAUUAUUAAAUAACCCAUAUUGCACAUUAACUGUCUACUUUGCUUAAUUAGUCCUGGCUCUCUCUGGAUCUUUUUUUUUCCAAUACUUUUCAAUCCCAUGGUUUUCCUCUAGACUUUUCAAAAUUCUCCACGCUUUGAUAUUGAUCAAUUGUUUCCGAAGAAUUACACUUGAUUCCUAUACUAUUAUAGUGCCCAGUACGGUGGGACCUUGCUCAUAGAGCUAAAUGAUUCAAAAUAAUGUGGGACGUGUUGGACUUCAUUUGAUGUAUUCAUUUGGGAAAAUACUAAUAUAAUCUUGUCAUGAGGCAAAUAUAGGAGGUACUUGGUAAACAUUUCUUGAUUUAUUUUAUUGAUUCCAUGGUAGCAAAGCCCAAGAAUAGUCCAGAUAAUAGAACUUCCAUUAAUUUAAUAAUUUAUUGAGUUCUUAUUAGACUAACAAUUACACAAAUACAAAAUUUUAUAAAUCAGAGGAUGACAGAAGGAAGACCAACCAUUUUGGAACCCUACAAGAUGCUUCAGUUCAACUUUGUCAUUUCCAUAGCAAGCAUUCAAUCUUGUCAUUUUUUCAAUACAAUCUGUUUUUUCAUAACUUCAACUCAGAGAUCAGACAAUAGUAAAUUCAGAGGUCAUCUAAUCUAGCACUAUAAUUUCAGGGCAAUAAUUUCAGAGUCUGCUUGAUGCCAAUGAUGAAGGUUUGGUAUGAAUCAUAGGCUAAUUGAUAAGCAUGGGGAACAGAGAAUAGAGAAUGGCUCAUGGGUCAAGAGAGGAGCAGCAAGUGGUUCUUACAUUAUGCCAUAUUAUUAUGAUUUUUAAAUUAAAAUUUUGUGACAAGGCUUUGCUUUGAUAUUUCAAUAAAAACUAUCCAUAAAUGUAAAGCAAGAUACUUUACUUUUAUUGAUGUAAUGAAAAGAGAAUGGGAGGGAAAAAAGAUCAAAAUCUCCCACCACUCGAAUUCUAAAGAUAUUAAAAUAUAUACACAUACAUAUUGCUAUAUGGGUUUGGGAUAGACAAUCCCAUUCAAUAUAAUUUGAAUAAGUCACAGAUUCCUUCCAUUAUUAGAUAAAAUCAGAGGAAUAUAAAUGCCUUUGAGGUUUUUUAAUUAUUUGUAAUAUUGAACUUUAUAUUAUUCCAUGAGACAUAGAUGUCUUAAUUAAAGCCAUAAAAUAAUAAUAAUUCAAAUAUUCAGGUGUUUUGAAUGUAGAUAUUCAACUAAAUAAUAAUCCAUUAGUCACUUGUUUCAUAGUGAUUGUUGUAAACUAAAAUGUGUCUUUUCUGGGUUUUUUUGAAUACUUUUAACUGUUGUAUAAGGGCAAUCCUAUUUUCCUAAAAUAGAAUUAAAGCAUCUCCCAUUUUCAGAGAACUCUAUAUGAAAAUCGACUUAUAAAACAAAAAAAUCAGAAAUGAUUCUUCAUUUUACCAAAGCAUAUUUAAUUUUUACAGAAGAAACCAUCACCCCAGUUCCUUUAAAUGGCAUGCUCUCUUAAUGCAUUUGGAAUUUUUCAAUUUAAAAAAUGCAAUUUAACCCACAACAUUUCAAGCAAGGUAUAAGUAUAUGAGCAAAGGAAUUAAUAAAUUAGCAAACAUUUAUCAAAAUAUCAAAAGAUUUAUGACUACAUCAGUAGGUAUCUUCUCUCCACUGAUGUAUACCAUAUUCCCUCCAUGCCUUAGAGAUGUUCUUUCUGAGCUACUGUGGCCAAAAUAAUAAUAGUUGCUAUUGUUAUUGUUGUUGUUGUUGUUAUUGUUGUUGUUGUUGUUGUUGAUGUUGUUGUUACCUGUUAACCAGUGCUUUAGCAAUGAACCUCUCCAAUUUUAACUAAACUGGUCCUCCAACUACAGAAAUAGGAUCCAUCACUCAGCCCAUACUUAAAGCCUUUCCAGUUUGAUAUAGAAACUGUCAAAUCUUAUGUUCCAAAUGGCAUGGUCUUCAAGAAUCCAGGGUUCAUCUCCAUGCCAGGUGAGACAUUAGAUGGGACUUUUGCCAAGGAAAUUUAAAGUAAUAAACAAAUAUGUCCAUAUGUUAAUAUAGUUUAAGCCUAAAAAGUUCCUUUAUUUAAAAUGGCAAAUUUGUAAUGUAUCACUAUCUCUAGUUAGUCAUAGUUUAAGCAAAACAGUGGGUAAAAUAUAUGACCUGAAAGUAGAAAUGCCUGAGUUUGAACCUUCAAAAAACCUUCAAAUGCUUCAGUCAUUUACAAGGUGAAUGACCCUAAGAAAAGCUCUUAAAUUCUCUCAUUAAGUUCCACAAGAAGGAGGAAGGAGAAAAGAAGAAGGAGGAAGGAGAAAGGAGGAAAGAGAGAUUAUCCCCACAUAUAAUAUAUAAUAAUAUAUCAUUUUAUGAGGGAUAAUAAGACCAGCUAUCUUGCAAGGUUGCUGUGAGGAUCAAAUGAGAUUUUAUAUGUACACAUUUUUGCAAACCUCUAAAAAAUGCUACAUAAGUAUUAGCUAUCAUUUCUGUACCUUGUUUAUGGAUAUCUUAUUAAAAGCAUAUUUCUAAGAAAAUAUACUGCUGACUUUCCCCUUAAGGCUGCAGUAUCUGGCACAGUGUAUGACAGGUUGUAUUGAACAUAAUUAAUUACAAGUGAUAAUAGUAUUAAAAUUUGGACCAUCUUCCCACUCACUUCCCUACUGACACAUAUGUACCUAUAUUUUCCCAACAAAGCUAAAGGUAUUUUGUGUUAAUCAAAAAUACACAUUUCAUUAGAAACACAAAAUUUGAAUUGGAAGAAACUUGAAAUGUGAUCUUUUUUGGUCCAAUGAAUACCCAAAAAGAAUACCCACUCUGUAACAUACUUAAUAAAUGAUCAUUCAACCUCCACUUUAAAGCCUCCAACGAUAGGGAAUUCACCACCUCUCUAGGCAGCCCAUUUCACUUUUGAACAGUGUGAAUUAUUAAGAAGUUUUUCCUGACAUUGAGCCUAAAUUUGCAUCUUUUCAAUUUCCACCCGUUAUUCCUGGUUCUGUCCUCUGAGGCCAAUAGAAACCUACCUCAUUAUAUCUUUUUGAUGUGAUUCUUUAAUAAAAAUCCAAUAUAAAUUGACCUCAUUUUCCAGAGUUGUCUACCACAACUCAGGGUGGAAAUCCCUCUAGUUUUGGGCUAAAUCCAUAGAUAAAAACAACUAAAUAGUUAUUUCCUGUUAAAAUGUGUUUACAUUCAUUGGAGAGUUGGGUUAAUUCAAAAGGUGAGAAAAAAUAGAUAUGGAAUAUUUUAACCAACCAUUUCCUUCUGUUGAGAAUCAUCUUAUAAAAUAAUAGAAUCUUAUAAUAUGAAGAACAGCCCUGUAUUGAACAAGCAAACCCUUCAGCUACUAGUACUACUGUCUCCCAGCUUGACUCUGUAAAGAAACCUAAGAUGCAUACAAAAAGUUAAGGCUAAUUAUUGCUCCUACCAUUACUCAUAAAAUCUUCAGAAUCAAACUACCUUGUUUCUUCAAGAAGUCUCAAAUAGUGACCAGGAAAAAAAAGGAAGCAAAAAAAUACCAUCUUGCUGCACAGAUUUUCUUAAAUGCAAGAUAGAAAGAUAGUAUCUGGUUCUCCAUGCAGAAUACUAAUAAACAUUUAAUUUUUUAAAAUAAAGUAUCUGUUCAAACAAGAACCCAGAUCUAGAAAGGAGGAAUGAUCUGGACCUAUUUUAUGGAUAUGGGGAAACUCUUGGCAUGAAAACACCCCCAUUGAUACAGAUGAGCAACUUGAUCAUAAUUCGUGAUUUUAGGGAUUCACCCAAAGACUGAAAGAUUGACUGACCAUAGUCACUUGAAUGACUUGAAUGCAGAUCUUCUUUAUUCUAUAACAGGUCCUCUGUCACAGCUCAGAUUCAAUGGCCUAAAACAAAUAAUUAUCCUAUUGAAGGGCUAGGUUAGGGUGCAUUAGGAAUAACAAAUUGCCAUUUUAUAAAGGUCCUUUUUACUGGGAGAAACAUUCAUAUCCUUUAUUUAUUUCCUUUUAUUCUUUUUAAGAUUUUUAUCUGUCUUUCCCCCUCAAAUGAAGUUCUUAUCAUGUCAAUCAAUAAAAUUAAUUUGAUGCAGUUCCUAAUUUAUGUUCCUUGCCUUACAUGUUAGCAUUGACUCUUUUUCAUUGUAAGAUAAUAUAUGUCAAAACCACUGCAUUUUUUUCUCUAAAAUAUGAAUCUGUACAUAGGAUGAAAGCUAUACUCAUUUGUACAUAGGUCACUUGAGAUUCUGUGUUCUGUCUCAUGUUUUGCUCCAAUACAGGGGAUUUCACUGUGUUCCUGUUAUAUUUUUCACACUAAUGUGUCACCCACCUCUGUGUUACUACUCCUGAUGAUUAUUUGCUCAUAUACAAAUCCCUUUAUGCAACUAAAUCUUCUAAAUGUGAAAUGAUAAUGAUAAUAAUAACAAUAAUAAAAUACUCAAGUGA